CCAAUGUCCUAAGCUGGCGUCCACACCACCUAGAAUCUGACUUCCUGCACGUGGGAUUUGACUUCUGGUUCCGGAGAAUGGAAUUUUGGUUGUAUAAUUCCCACAAUCACUUCGAGCCUAUUUACCAGUUGUGUCAUAUUGUAGGGAGAACAAUGACGUGGAGGGUUUUAGUGCUUGCUGCGUUCGGUUCUGCUAUUUUGGGCCAAGUGAAGUUGCAACAGUGCGGGAAGAAACCUGCUCAAAGACCUUGGGGCACGCAGAUCGUUAACGGGCGUACUGCUGAUAGGGGUUCCUGGCCCUGGCAGAUAAGCCUCCGCUUCAGUGUCAAUGCUACCGGUCAGGAGCCUUUCAGACACACAUGUGGAGGAGUCCUUGUACACGAGAACUGGGUCUUAACAGCGGCGCAUUGUAUUGAUGCCGAGGCUGGUGGCGACAAUCCUGCUCGAGAAGAUGUCAACAACUUUGUGGUGGUACUAGGAGUUCAUGAAUGGAAUCUAACUGGAUCUGAGCAGGUCGUCAGAGUUACACGAUUUGAAAAACAUAAUAGAUUCCAGGCCGCGCCUGAACUCGGAUUCCCAAAUGACAUCGCGUUGAUCCGUCUGGCGGAGCCUGCACAGGUGAAUAGAGCCGACAUAGAGCCAGCGUGUCUUCCAGAUUCAAUGCUUCUCAAUGUUUCUGGAAACCCCAACUGUUGGAUCAGUGGCCUCGGCCUCACUAACUUUUUUGACUAUACAUUACCGGACGAGUUGCAAGAGGCUCAUAUUCCGGUGUUGACUUACGAGGAAUGUAGUUGGGAGGUGCGUCUUUUGAUCUAUCUGCGUCAAACGCAUCUGUGUAUCAGUAAUGGCGACGACGACGUACCCGUAGCAUGUCAGGGGGACAGCGGAGGACCGUUAUCGUGCCUAGUGACUGACAGCGCUGGGAACGAGAGGUGGACGGUCUCCGGAAUUACAUCUUUCGGACUAGCAGGGUGUGAGGGCUUUCCGAGUAUAUACACGAAGGUAGCCUCCUACAGAGACUGGAUUCUCGACAGAAUAUAUACUUAGAAAUUAUAACUUGUACAUUAGCAAAUAUAUAAGAAAUAAAUACAUAUAGGGUGCAAA